CAAUGAUUCCGACUCGGGUCUGGAUGGGAUGUUGAGUUGCCCAAGAGCUACCUAGGUAUGAGCCCUAUUUAACUACUAAAGACGAGAACUUCCCUACAUCUAGUUUCUUUCUAGGUUUUUAAUAUUACUAUUUCUUAUUCGAACAUCCAAUACCUGUGAUAAUGGCCAAUACUGGACCACCUCCUGACUACUACCGCAUACUGGAAAUAUCUGAGACUGCGACCACACAACAGAUUCGCGAUGCAUACAAGAAAGCCGCGCUCAAGACUCACCCAGACCGGGUAGCUGCCGAUUCACCAGAGCGUCCUUCACGUACCCGGAAGUUCCAGCUCGUCAAUGAUGCCUACUAUACGCUCUCUGACUCGACACGGCGCCGAGACUACGAUGCGCAACGGAGAUUAUUCGGUGGCACGAGAACCAAACCCAAGCCUUCGGGUGCGGCCAACGCGAACCCACCAGGCACAUUUACAUCAGACUAUAAAGAGUUUGACUUUGACGAAGAGAUACCACCAGGUGGUGCGAAUGCAAAUAACUUCUACAGCUGGGCUUGGAAUUACUUCACGGGGAACAAGGGAGACGCAAACACCGAGCAAGCACGACAGGCGACAGAGGAUGCGCAAUUCGCCGACGUCUUCGAGGAGAUGCUGCGGGAAGAAGGGAUGGACGAGGCACAACAGCAGCAAGGAAAGGGCAAGUUCUGGUCGCUCGCCGGCGGCGCGGCUGGGGGUGUCUUGGGUUUCAUCGCUGCCAAUUUCCCCGGCGCCAUUGCGGGCAUGGUAGCCGGUAACCGUUUCGGCGCUAUCCGAGACGCCAAAGGAAAGAGCGUUUACGAAGUCUUUCAGGAGCUUCCCCAGACGGAUCGCGCGAGGUUGCUGGCGCAGCUCGCCACGAGAGUCUUCAGUCAUGCUGUUGGUGGUUAGAGCGGUCAAGACAGGGCUAGUAUAUCUACAGCACUAGCAACGUGGCAUGUCGCCAUGUUUUACAUCUAGACCCCUAGCGCUGGGGAACAAAGAACAAAGCUUCAGCUGUUUGUUUGUAAGGCACUGGCAUUUUCUGUCUGGUAGCGAAUUAAGGAUGGGCGUUUUCGGUAUGAACGGUAGGUACCUACAUGAUUAUGAGGAAAGGGCAUGCGUAGAUAGAUAGCUAGAAAUACAGCAAGCAGUCACAUAUCA